CACUUUCUCUUCCAUCCUUAUUAAACUAUAUAUGUCUAUGAUACCAACCCCUUUCUUCUUCAUAUUUUAUUUUAAAUCUCAAUCCUUUCAAUAUUUCCUUUCUCUAACUAAAUAUUUUUAGCUUCCAAAUUUUAACAAACUUCUUAUGAUUUCUUAAACCCUUUUUCUUCUUUUUUGCCUUCCAAAAGCCAAAAACAGUAGCAGCAGAAGCAGAAGAAGAAAUAUUAAAUGGGGUUAAGAGACAUUGGAGCAACUCUGCCACCUGGGUUUAGAUUCUAUCCCAGUGAUGAGGAACUGGUCUGCCAUUAUCUCUACAAAAAGAUCACAAAUGAAGAAGUUUUGAAGGGUACUUUGGUUGAAAUUGACUUGCAUACUUGUGAGCCAUGGCAGCUUCCUGAGGUGGCUAAGCUGAAUGCAAAUGAGUGGUACUUCUUCAGCUUCCGUGACCGGAAAUAUGCCACCGGAUUCCGAACAAAUCGAGCUACGACAUCUGGGUACUGGAAAGCUACCGGAAAAGAUCGUGCGGUGCUGGACCCUACAACUCGUGAGAUUGUAGGGAUGAGAAAGACCUUAGUGUUCUACAGAAACAGAGCUCCUAAUGGAAUCAAGACUGGUUGGAUCAUGCAUGAGUUUCGUCUUGAAACCCCACAUAUGCCUCCUAAGGAGGAUUGGGUGUUGUGUAGAGUGUUCCACAAAAGCAAGGGAGAAAACAGCAGCAAAUUUGAUGAACAAUUCAUGUUUGAGACCACUGUUCCUUCAAAUAAUUUAUCAGCUUCUCCUCUAACUGAUCAUAAUCACCAAGGUCUGCCAUGUGGGUAUCAUCAGCAAAUCACCUCAUUAUCAUCAUCAGCAACCCCAUCCCAUCAUCAUCAUCAUCAUCAAGUAAACCAUGACCAGAACUCCUUGAUAAACCUUCUUCAGCUUUCUCAGGAAACAAACACCAACAUUUUCAUGAAUACUACAGUUGAUAUGAGCUCAAAAAAGGACGACGAGUAUGGAUUCUUGUGGGAGGACAUGAACUUGGAAGAAAAUAGCUUGGGAAAUGGAGGAGCUUCAAGCAUGGAAAACAUGAGAUUUGAGAUGGGUAACAGCAUGGUCUUCCUAUGAGAGAUUUAUUGAUUUAUGAUGUAUUUGUUUGAUGUUUGGAUUUGAGGGACAGUUCAAGGUUUGAUUGGAACAGAUGUUGUUUAUUAGGUAUUAAGAUUGUAUUAAGUAGUUUUUCUAUAUGUAUUUAUGGUUAAUUAAUUAGGGUUUAUUUAUUUAUUUUUGUAUAUUUGUCAUCUGUACAAAAUUAUAUUAAAUAUAUAUUAAUCGUAUUCUUCA